GGCCAUUUGAUUUUUGUGCUGCGUCCGCUAUAAACCCUACGGUCGCCUGUUCCCCUCUCCGACGCUCACAAUCGAAGAAGAGAAAGAGGGGAGGAUUGCGAAGGAGUUGGGUGCGGAUCCAUGGAUUUACAGCUGAGCGAUCUCGAUCGGUUGGUGUUAUUCGAGCAGGAGCGCCAGGCGGCCGAGUUGGCCUGCACCGCCAACCCCCGUGAUGCCGAUAAUCUCACGAAGUGGGGGAGUGCGCUUCUGGAUCUAUCACCUUUUCAGAAAAACCCCGAGGAUAUGGUGAAAGGCUCUUAUUUAUGCAUUCGAACCGUGUUCUGAUAAAUAAUAACACAAAUGAUAAAAGAAAUCGCAGCUCUAGAAGUUUAGUAGAUCUUUUGUUUCUGUAUAUCAUUAUGAUCGAUGAUCCCUCGUAAAUUAUUUUUUGCAGAUGCCAUAAUGAAACUGGAACAAGCCUUGGAGGUGGAUCCUGAAAGGCAUGCCACACUAUUCAUCUUGGGGAAUGCCCAUAGUCAGCAAGGGUUCUUCAACCCUAAUGAACAGGUUUCUUUGGGUUGCUUUGACAAGGCAACUCAAUGCUUCGAGCAGGCUGUGAAAUUGGACCCUGGAAAUGAGAUGUACCUGAUGUCAUUGGAUUCAAUAAGCAAGGCACCUGAGUUGCGCCAAGAAAUCCAAUUUCAUAUGGCUAAUCAACAGGUUUCCCAGGAGACAGCUUCCCCUGUCAGAAAGAAGGAGCCCAAGGAGAGUGAUAUGAAGUAUGAUAUACUUGGCUGGGUAAUUCUUGGGAUAGGAUUUGCUGCAUGGAUUGGAAUGGCUAAAUCACAUCCUCCUCCUCCUCCUCCUCCUCCAAGAUAAUAGUUGUAAAGAUGUAGAGCUUCUGACCUCCUAGUGAGGUGAACAUUCUGUGAUACAUAACAGAUCACUUAGCAAUGAUUUUGGUAGCAAAUUUGGACCAGAGUGUACAGCUUUAUAAAUUACUGUAUUUGAACUUUUUUUUAAAAAAAAAAAACAGAGCCCUGGAA